AUGGCCCUCCUGACCCUCUGCCUUCUCCUCACCCUCCUCAUCCUCCUCCCGGCAUACACAAUCUACCGGCCCCCCAACCUCCUGAUCCGGUACUUCCAGCACCGCUGGCCGGACGCCCUCUUCCACGUGCCGCUCCCGGCCUCCGCCCCGCCGACGAUCGCGCUGACCAUCGACGAUUCUCCGUCCACGUUCACCGCGCAGAUCCUCGAGAUUUUGCGGGAGAACGACGCCCGCGCGACGUUCUUCGUCAUCGGGGCGCAGAUACCCGCUCCCGGGGUGGGGCCGCGCGGAGGGAAUGGGGAGGCGAUGUUGCGCGAGCUGGUCAGGGAGGGGAUGGAGCUGGGGAAUCAUGCGAUGUCGGAUCGGCCUUCGCGGGACCUGAGCGAUGCGGUGCUCGAGGCGGAGGUGAGGGGCGUGCAGGGGUGGUUGGAGCGGGUGGAGGAUUUGGUCUUUCCGGCGAAGGCCAAGUAUAAAUGGUUUAGGCCGGGGUCUGGGUUCUUCUCGGAUCGGAUGCGCGUGCUCAUCCGGAAGCUGGGACUGCGGAUUGCCCUGGGUAGUGUGUAUCCGCACGAUGCGCAGAUCAAUCGGCCGCGGGUCAAUGCGUGGCAUAUUCUCAGUAUGGUGCGGUCGGGCAGUGUGAUUGUCUGUCAUGAUCGGAGGGGGUGGACGGUGCCGAUGCUGAAGCUGGUGGUGCCGGAGUUGAAGAGGAGGGGGUUUCGCGUGGUCACGCUGAGUGAGUUGGUGGAGUUGGGCGAGCAGAGUCAACUGCCGAAGCAGAUUAGUGCCUAG